UUACCAAUUAAAAUCAGCUGGCAGUCGUCCCUGUACGGUUCAGUCUACGAGCUGCAGUCGCUUUGUUCGGUGCGUUGACACUGUCCAGGUUUCAGUACUUGAUCAGUGAUCGCAGCCUUCGCAACUAAGCUUUCGAGAAGUAGUUGACGACAACAAGUGAGCACUUCAAUCCCGUUCGAGAAGAUAAUCUACCAGCGAUUGGACUACCCAGCAACACCAACGGAGAUCUCCGAUCAUCGAACCCUGGUCAGGAUGGUAAGACUCUGCGGGAUGCUUCUGGGAUCACUGGUGAUCUGCACCGUACUGGUGGGGAUCCAGUCCAGGACAACGGAACAACGGGAUGAAUUUGCGACCUUCCUGCCUGCCGUCAGCAGCAAUGCCCUGGAAAGUAACGAUGUGGCCGGUGAUGAACCACCGCCGCACACGGAGUACGCCAAGAUGGCACGAUAUCUGGUCCACAAGGCGGAAUGGGUCUCGAUGGGCUCCCUCUCAACGGUGGACGCCAUCAAGGGCUACCCGAUGGUCAACGUGAUCGCCGUUGCGGACAGUGCCCGCGGAGAGAAAUCCACCGGAACGCUGUACUUCUACCUGACCAUGCUGGACUACACCGCGCAGGACCUCAGCAAAGACAACCGGCUGACGGUGCUGCUGUCGAUGGACCAGGAUCUGUACUGCAGCAAACGCGGUGUAGACCCGAUGGAACCGACCUGCGCCCGCAUCAUGAUCUCGGGACGGGCCGUCAAGCUCGAGGACGGCAACGAGGAGUUCAACUUUGGCAAGGACGCCAUGUUCAGUCGGCAUCCGGCGGCCCAAAAGUGGUUGUCAACCCACAACUUCUUCCUGUGCAAGCUGGAAAUCACGCAAAUCGCGGUUCUGGAUUGGUACGGUGGUCCGCACUACGUGACCGUUGACGAGUACAUGAAGGCCGAUCCGGACGCGCAAGCUGUCACGCUGAAGAUGGCGCAACCCGAGUUUGAGCGGGAAGAUGACGGCCGCACCAUCACGCUCAAGAUUAAGAAAGACUCGACCGUGCGGCACAUUAAUCUGGAGGUGUGAGAUGUUGCAAUGCAAAUAAUUGGGCGAUAGAGAGUAAUGAAAUUCUGCGAAUAGCAAAUGUUGUGCCAAAUUGUGUGAUUAACGAAGAAUCGUGUGUGAUUCGGUUGGGAAAUACCCUUAACGCCCCGGUUAUCAGUUACAAAAUAAAGUUUAUGCAUCGAUUACGAAUACAUCAAAGUCUGACUAA